UGAUGUUAUUGGUAGGUCUGCCUAGAGGUGUACCGCGUUGCUAGUGACCACUGGCGACGAGCGGUACCAGGUACCAACCAGUCACCAGUCGUUAGUCAUCACCGUCACCGUCUCGACAUGAAUCCACCGGGUGGAACACGUUUCGGUAUCUUCAACGACGAGUCCAUCGCUUUCGCCAAGGAUCCCUUCAGCUUUGUAACCCAGAAAAGGAGACGUUACGGCAACAUUUUCCAGAGCCGAAUUAUCGGUCGCGUCACUGUAUUCGUGACAUCCAAUGAAGGAGUACGGGAAAUGAUGACUGAACACUCUUCCUGUUUCAGACGGGGUUUUAUGGAUCACAUUCAUGAACUCUACGGUGAGGACAGCAUCAUUUUCAGCGACGAAGAAGACUUUGGACGUCUUCGGACGAUCAUACAUAGUGUGGUUGAGCCACGACGUAUAACAGAGCAGAAUGAACUGAUUGAUGCUGUUAUUGCUAUGCAUCUAGGGAAGUUGAACGAGCAAGAGAGUGUACCUUUGUAUCAGACUUUUAAGAAGAUGUGCACUGACUUGUGUCUAGGACUGUUUCUUGGGAUGAGCCUAGAAGAUUUGAAACAAAAUUCUGAAAAAUACUCGGCACUAGUCACUGCUCACUGGCAUGGCAUCGUUUCUGUUCCACUGAAAUUCCACAUUCCAGGGUUUGGAAAGUCAACUUUUCGUAGUGCUGUUGAAGCACGAGACAAGUUGUUGGCCGAGAUUUAUUUACGUAUGGACCGGGCGGAUAAAUCUACUCUACUUCAUGCGAUAAACAAUGCAGGCUUUAAAUCCAGGGAAGAAGUUGCUGCUCAUAUUCUUCUAUUUAUUUCUGCAUUGGUUCCGAAGGCACUUGGAUCACUGUUGACAUCCUUCUGUCUUGAAAUGGCUGUAGAUGAUCACCAGUGGAUGUGCAACAAAGCAAUAGAUGAUGAAGAGUUUCUGGAUCGUUUGCUACUUGAAAUACAGCGAAAAUGGCCAUCAUUUAUAGGUGGGCGGAAAAUUGUCACUCAGGAACUUUGCAUUUCGGGGUUUAAAGUUCAAGAGGGACAAUCGUUGAUGUACACAACGUUUACAGCAAAUCGUGAUCCAGAUGUCUUUCCCAAGCCAGACUCUUUGCUACCUGACCGAUGGAUUGGAGUGAAUGCAGGCUGUGAAGAUCGUGUAUGGACAUUUGGAGGUGGUCCUCGUGGAUGUGUGGGUAAAAUGCUGUCCCAAGUACUCAUGAAGCAGUCUGUCACCUACCUGUUCAAACGAUACAAAUGGAUGCGUCCUAAUGAACAAUGUUUUGAUAUUAAAUGGCUACCAGUUUCUCGGCCUAAAGAAAAUGUGGUAUGUAUUUUUAGGCUGAAAGAGAUGACAUAGAUUUGAUGUAUGAACACAUAAAAAUUGUCCUUUAUAAAUUUUUCAGUGUUAACUAGCAAUGCGUUACUGUAAUAGUCUGACUCUGUCACGUGUCCAGUCUUUGU